AUGGAAGUUACCGCUGCAAAAAAAAAAAGGAAGAAACCAAAGGCCGCUGCAAAUAAAAAAGAAAGAGUGCAGAUAAAAAGAAAAGCCACAAAAGAAGUUAAUGACGCCCAAAAAAGUGGCAAUGCAAAAAAAAAAAAAGAAAAAAAGUUACUUACUGCCAAAAAACAAAUGAAAAAAAAAAAAAAAAGCCCCAUUGGAAGUGCACUGCCAGGGACCAAUAAUGAUGAUGCACAGGUGUUUUAGGAUCUAGGCACAGGAGACAACGGCGAGACAACAAGCAAAGAAGUAAGUGGAAAGGUUAUUGUUUAAUUUCACUUCGUGAACUUUUCAUUGUGUCAUGUGGUUAGGCCAUUUAGCGCCUGAGUUGAUAUGAAGUUGAACUGGAGGAUGCUGGUGUAGUGUUAGCAUUAGUUCAACUUCAUAUCGACUCAGGCAGUAUCAUCAUUAUUGGUCCCCGGCAGCUCACUUCCAAUGUGGCUUUUUUAUUUGCAUCCUUUUUAUUUUUGCAUCAGUAACUUCCAUUAUGAGUUCUUUUUUUUUUUUUUUUUUUUUUUUGCAUUCUUUUUUUAUUUGCAGCAGUGGCGGUCCUCGGCCACCAUAAUUGUGAAUUACAUGUAAAAUAUUCAAAAGAAAACACAACUAUUUUGGGGGGGUCAGGAAUCAUUAUUUACUCAAUAAAGGUAUAGGCCUUUUUAUUUUGCCCAAAAUCUGUGCCAAUUCUGGCAUAACUUUGGAAAUCUUCAGGAGCUUCAAGAAAGAAAAGCAAACCAGUACAAUAACAAAGAAUUAAUCAUCACAAUGUUCUUAUACUAUUUGGAUCUUCUUUGAGUGCAUAUUUGAUGAAUAAAAAGGAAAUCAACCCCCAUAUUUCCUAUAGUGUCCUAACAAGAGAUGAAAACGUUCAAUACAAGAAAAAAGUGUAGUUUUACACCAUUCCCUGGAUGGAUUUCAUAUAUUUAAAAAGUCGUGGGGAAUCAGGGAUGAUACUUUUACAUUUUACAUUUUAUACAGACAAAUCGCUGCAAAAAAAAAGGUGCCCAAUAUUUGACCAUGUGCCUUAAGCCAAGUGUUGAAUGUUAAAUCCCUGAAUCUUAAAUCCAGGUGUUGUUUGCUCCAUCAGCUUCAUUGUUGAGAAUUUGCUGAGAGGCUCUGAUUGGUCCUGAGGAGCUCUGAUGUCACCACCUGCUUUGAUGUCCCGGCCAGUGCAGCAGCUCGCGCAGGCUGAAGCAGAGAGAGGAGCUCCAGGUGGAGUUGGUGCGCGACGGGGGUAGAGACCAGAGGCUGGUGCAGACAGACAGAAAGCUGCCUUGCACUUGCCUGGAUGAACCCAUCCUGGUCCGACACUCAGCGCAGCAGCCCGUCAUGGGAGACGGUGGCGCGUCCUCGCCGGUGAACUUCCAGAAUGGCUCCAGGAACGGAGCGUCGGACGCACCGGGCUCCAAUACGGCCGCGUCCGAGCAGUGGAUGGCAGGGAUGAGCCUGGUGAUGGGUUUGAUCGUCCUGUGCAUCGUAUUUGGGAAUAUUCUUGUGAUUAUAGCUAUAGCCCGGACUCAAAGGCUGCAGACGCUCACUAAUGUUUUCAUUGUGUCCCUGGCAAGUGCGGACCUUAUUAUGGGGCUGCUGGUGGUGCCGUUUGGCGCCGCGCUCGAGGUGCGCGGCUCCUGGCAGUAUGGUUCUUUUUUCUGCGAAUUCUGGAUCUCUGUGGAUGUCCUCUGCGUCACCGCCAGCAUCGAAACCUUGUGCGUUAUCGCCAUAGACAGAUAUGUGGCCAUCACGUCGCCUUUCCGCUACCAAAGCUUGUUAACCAAAGCUCGCGCCAAAGCGGUGGUGUGCAUAGUCUGGGCCAUCUCUGCGCUCGUGUCCUUCCUCCCCAUACUCAUGCACUGGUCCCGGGACAGCGUGGACACAGCCUGCUACGAGGACCCUGAAUGCUGCGACUUUGUCACAAACAGAGCGUACGCCAUCUCCUCAUCCAUCAUUUCUUUUUACAUUCCACUUCUAGUCAUGAUUUUUGUUUACGCCCGAGUGUACAGAGAGGCCAAAAAGCAGCUGAGGAAAAUCGACAAGUGCGAGGGUAGGUUUCACAACACAUUAACCGGCCUGACCUCCAAGUGCAAGAAGAGGCCGUCCAAGAUCCUCGCACUCAGGGAGCAGAAGGCGCUUAAAACGCUGGGUAUCAUCAUGGGGACAUUCACUUUGUGCUGGCUGCCUUUCUUCAUUGUCAAUGUGGUGCGGGUGUUUAGCGCGGAUAUGGUGGACAAGGACCUUUUCGUGUUCCUAAACUGGCUGGGGUACGUGAACUCGGCUUUUAACCCCAUCAUUUAUUGCCGGAGCCCGGACUUCAGGAAGGCUUUCAAGAGGCUGUUGUGCUGCCCGAGACAGGCCGACCGCAGGCUGCACAUCAGCUCCUGCGACUUGUCUCGGUGCUCCGGUGGGUUUGUCACGGCUCUGGAGCCCGGCGCGCUGGGGAUGUGGUCGGAUUGCGGCACUUUGGAUAACAGUGACAGCAGCCUGGUGGGGGGCGUAAAACUGUCACACUCUGAAUCUCAGCUGUGA